AUGUUUGUGCUACAAACUGAAUUAGGUCUAACAGGUCGGCUUUUAGCAUUUUUUGAGAUUUUACUAAGAUCUAGCGAAUUAUGUUCCACCGUUAUUUUCGAGAGCGUUUUCUCAUGGCUGCUGUCAUUAUGCAAAGGUGAUACGGCAAGUUCUAGUGCUAAUAAAUAUGAAAUUGUUAAUAGCGGUUUGAGGUUUUUGUGUCACUGGAUUGAUGUAGCUGAUGAUUCUAAACAAGUUGCACUCCUUCGGAAGUACCAUAGUCCAUUUAUUGAAAUGCUUGACAAAUAUGAUCGUGAGAUCGCUCAGCUUGCACGUUAUAAAUUACUGGAGGUUUGUAUUAAGUUGGAUGUGCAUACGAAUGGAUUGUUGGAGAAGUGCAAAGUUUUCCUCCGAAAAAGUUUUGAUACUAUUUGCAGUGAGAAUAAGGAAUUAAGGAAUAGCUGUCUGAUGUUUGUCUAUGCUUUUGCAUCAUCUAAAUGGACUAUCCUAAAAGAUUUGUUUGUAAACGAAAUUGGCAAUAAUAAAGAAAUAUUUCCUCUAACACCAUUGCUUUGGUCUAUUAUUCAUGACAUAGAUAGUCUUCAUUUUGCUGUAUCGUAUCUUGGAACAUUGUUUCCGACAACAUCAGGAAGUAUCGCAUUACACGAAACAUUAUUGAGUCAAACUUUAAAUUGCUUCUUUGUAAGGCUUGAACUUCAUAUGGGAUCAGAAAAGGAUGUAGAAGCAGAAUCGAAAUUAUUGCAACAAAUUGGACUAAUAAUUAGUAAUGGAACACAUCUGAAUGGCCUUUGUUUGAUUCGGGAAAAGUUGAAAUAUUGUCCAAGUUUAUUACCAGGCUUAUAUCUAUACAUUAUCCAAUCUCCGUAUAACGAUGAACUUCUGAAGCUAUUAACGCAAUUGGAUUCUGUAGAUGGUAAUCUAAUUUGGUAUAAAACAUUGAUUAUGGCUGCAUUGGUUAACAAAUCUCCAAAUUAUAUCGAAACGCUUAAGCAUAUGGAGAAAAUAGCGCAAAGUUUUGAUUUUUUGGAUAGUUUCAAAUGUAGGACUCGAUUAUGUGUCGCGCUUCUUUUGACUGAUCGUCCUGAAGGAUCUACAUAUUUUACCGCACUUCUACGUGAUCUCGUUCAAUGCUUUGAUUCCGAAAAUAUCACUGUAUUAAAAGAAACUUUAGUAGAUAUGUUAACUUUUAAUACUUGCUACUCUGAUCCGAUAAAAUGCAAGUAUCAAACAACAUUUUUGUGGCAACAAAGACUCUUUUGUCAAUUGAUUCCUAUCUAUGUUCAAUACUUCAAUGAUUUAAACAAAGAAUCUCAAAAUAAACGGAUUGUUUUGUAUCCUUUAUUAGCACCGCUUUUUGCGCUUGCUGCAUCAUCAACAGCUAUUAUGAAUGAUAAAUAUGUGGAGUUAUUGCCCAUACUUUGUGCUGCUUUGGAUACAUCAGGAUUGGAUUUGUGCGCAGAAGGACAGAUUAUUACAGGUUUAGCAGCAUUAUUGAAAAAUGCAACAGCUGAACAAUUGGGUCAUGAUUUCUUGUUGAAAGUGCUACCACGAUUGCAACAUUAUCUUGAGCAUAACACGAAUAUGAUGGUUCAAUUAGCAACACUAGAAUGUUUAAAGUUAAUAGCACAAAAAUGGUCUUCUGAAGCAUUACUUCCAUUUUAUGGUCCUAUUGUUCGUAGUUUAAUCAAAAUUUCUGGAUCUCAGAAGCGGAUUGUUCGAACAGCAGUUGCAAAUGUCCGAAAUUUAUGGUAA